AUGUCCAACCCUGAGCGGCCCAAGAAGCGCGUCAAGACAGUCCACCACACGAACUACACGUCGGCCAGCGAUAUCCGCGCGGCUUUGAGUGCAGCUGACCCUACCUCGGCUCUCGUCAAUCUACGGAACCAGUUUGCGGUCUGGCCAAGCGAUGGCCUCAUCGCAACUACCGAUUCCCGUCUUCUCCUCGCUCAACAAUGGCUCGAUUCUUCUCCUGGAGCAUCAGAGCUGUUCACUAUUUGGGAGCAACUUAAUGUUAGGCAGCCCGGAACGAUAGUGCCCGUUGUUUCGCUGGUUUCCUCGUUGCUCGCCCUUUUCAACAGCCAUUAUACAUUCCACGCAUCGGGUCUCCCGAUUCUUCGGACACUCAUCUCGCCGCCAUGGAUGAAGAGACUCAACUCGUAUCUCGGUGCAACGCACAACGAGUUACUCCUCGUUACUCUCAAGUUAUUCAACGCCAUGUCGGCUUUUGGGCGUGGAAAAGAGCGGAAAGCACUGCUCGAGUCGUUUGCUUGGGAGACAAAAUCGCUUCCUAAGCUGCUCAACAUGAGACGUCGAACGAAAGGAGAUGACUCUUCCGAUGCUCUCGCCAAGCCAGACAUCCGAACUUCGUACAUGCUCUUCUGUCUGUCGUUUAUUGAACAGGACACGCUCGCCACUGUCAAGACACUCUUCCUAGAACAACACCGUGAUGCAUUCUUCUCCAUCUUCCGUGGUCUGACCCAAGAUCCGUUUGUCGUCGUCCGGCGCGUGUUGGAACUGUGUUGGGGCGGCAUAUGGAUGGACCUAAAGCUCAAGCGGACACUCAAAAUCGGGCUGUUUGGCGAGAUAACCGUGGCGCACCUUCUCAAGAUUUAUGAUCGCGUUGCUCCCGAAGACGAUCAGCCGGGCAACAUACCAGCAGACAUCGCACACCAUUUUUUGCUUGCGAUAUGUACUCGUCCGGGAAUUGGCAUUUGCUUCAAGGAUAGAGGAUGGUAUCCACGAAAGUCUGAGGACGACGACGAAGAGGACGGUUCUUCUCGGGCCAAGACUGGCAAAAUAUAUAACAAGAUCUUGUCAAAUGUCUUGAAAACACUGAAGGUCAAUGAAGACUCUCGUCAGCAAGAACUUGCGCUCAAGAUAAUGGGUGCUUGUCCCGAACUAGUAGCAGGCUAUUGGGGAGCAGCUGGACUAACGCUCGAGCCUCGUUUGUCCUCUAAAUGGAUCGCAAACGUCUCUUUCUUUUCCUCGGUGCUGGCUCUACCGAUCCCUACCGACUCAUUUCUCUCAGAAAACGGUGUAUUGUACUAUCCCACACCCCCGCCUCUGUCUGUUGUCCUGGAAAAUACUUUUCCUUCGGUUGGCACCAAAACCCAUUUCUCAAAAGGUCUCCAGCAGGCAAGCGGACUCGUUCAGCACUGUACUGCCUUGGCACUCUCCAAAUGCUUGGUCAAGUACCGUCGGGUGUUGGAUGUGUUUCGGACAAUUGAAUCUACACUGGAGGAAGACGAGGUGGAUGGACAAUGGGCAAAGCUACAGCGCGAUCUUGAACGAGAGGUCCGCCAUCGAGUCCCCGAGUUCCAAGUCAUCGUAGCUUUUGCUUCUGGACAGGCAACAAAACAGGGCGAUCCUACCAAAGCAGCCUUGUUGUCAGAAAGUGCGCAGAGGUUGAUGUGGAUGUAUCAUUCCUGCCUCCCGCAGUUAGUUGCAGAAUCGCGGUUCGAUGUCGGCAAACUGGUUCAAAAUCUUUCUGAUCUGAGUGCGACAACUCGGUCUGAAGAAGACAGGGACUCGGCGACGAGGUUGAACGUCGUUAAGCAACUUCACGUGCUGCGUCUCCUCAAUGAAAGUGAUCAAUUCCAAUGGAGUGGCAAGGCUGCCUCAGGGAAAACGCACUCUAAUGUUCUCCUCGAUGCAUACUGCUCUUGUGAAAUACCCUCAUUACAGCAAACACUCCACAAUCUUGUUGUCAGUCUACUUGAGCGGUCGAAUAUCUUCGAAAACAGCCCGGGUGAGGCGUCGCUUUGGAUAUCUGCGAUUCCGCUAGCACACAGAGUUCGGAAUACACCCAUCGAAGGGCUAUCUCGCGCAGACGAAGCAGCUGCUGUCGUUUCCUUUGUGGACGACUGCAUUCAACGUUGUUUGCAGACACCUUAUCGCUACAUCGAGGAGAUGCAAGCCACACAGUUUUCUGAACUCCCUAGCCCUCUCAUCAUGACUGCAGUUGAACAACUUCGUGCCAAAAUGACGGGCAAAUCUCCUCUGCCACCAGCCCAUCUGUUAGCGAUCACCACUUUUUUGAUGAGAUUGCUUUCGCGUCUUGCCGGCAUCCAACGAGAUCUUGGAUUCUUGUCCUACAUCACGGAAAAUUGCUCUGGAACUCUCCUCGAUGCCCCACAAGCUGUACAGCGUCAGUUCGCAAGCCUGCGUCAAUACCUCCCGCCAACGCAUAUCGAUGAUGGCCUUCAUGAUGCUGAUCUCAGUAACCCACGGUCAUUCCAUGACCUAUUCAUCCACGCCUCACUCUCAGACAUCUCCCAACGAAGAGAGAUCUUGGUCCAGUCCGUCAUUGCUACUGCAUCUGGCUUCAAGCAAGCCAUAUGCCUGAUCGGUCAUAGUUUCAGCUCAAACCAGAACUUGGUCUUGACCAACGCGCUUCUUGGACUUCUUACGGCCAUUUUCACCAAGGCAGACAAGUGUCUUUCUUCCUCGAGCCUCUCGGAAGUUAAGGAAUACGCUUUCAUCCGAACGCCUGCGCUGUUUUCCUUAUGCACGAAAAUCGAUGUUUCGGAAGACGUCGUUAAAGCUAUAUCAACGCUCCUCAAAACCAGUCUUGACCCUCAGAAACGAGAAGAUAGGGACUUGGCCGCAAAUAUAUCGGGUCACUGGCUCAAUGCGCUGACCAGUAGUACACUGACUGUUCCUCCGGCUUGCUUGCCGUGGAUACCGUAUGUAGAGGCUCAAGACCUGUGGGAUGCACUUCGUACUCUGAGCAAGGAAGCUGUUGUGCGACCGGAGCCUUUGGAGAUGGUGAUUACUGCCUUGGAGACCUCAGUAAAGACUUUGGCAACUUCCAAUUCUCAUGAAGACCUUGAACUUCUUUCCAGCCUCCGAUCUAGCCUUCCAAACUCUUCUGCUCUCGAAGCUAUGAUUGCUGCUGUUAUCAAGACCUGUAUCCCGAUGGGAUUGUCUGGACGAGCUUCUGAACUUCCAAAUGUAAUCACCGUCUCAUUACUGGAUCAAGCCCGAACAAGUUGGUCCCGGAAGGCGCAGCUGCCACUAACUUCGCUUGAUCUACAUUCGCUGUUAUACCAGGAGAGUCCUUGGACGACGUCUACUGUGGACAUUAUUGUUGCUCUGCUGCACCGGUCUUCCUUUCCUGUCAACCUUUUCGAGAGCUGGCUGUCAUGCGAUAUGGCUGUCGAACGGUCCUCAAAUCAACUCCUCCAUGUUGUCUACGCAUUCUUGGACAGCCAAAUGGACCAACUGGUUGCGAUUAACAGUGACAUGUGGAUGUCGCACUCGAAGAAUUGUGUCCGUCAUUUGGUCGACGACAAGACAUCAGUGUCACUUCGUACACAUGCAGAACUUUCCCUUCGUCUCCUCUUGCGACACAUACCUAUCAUUGGCACCAACUUGGAUGAUUGGCUCGAGGCACACCUCCAUAAGGGUUCUAGUCCGACGCGAGAAGCUCUCCGAUUCGGGACUUGGAUGGCGAAGCAUAUGGGCAAUGCAAAACCAACAUUACUCAAUCACGCUCUUGAGUGGGCAAUUGCGUUUUUUACUGAGCGUGAAACAACUGUCGAACUUUUGGAUGGGCUUGCCACAUUGGCGAGGAAUGUGAAAGUGGUCGAUUCAGAUACUGCUCAAACGCUAGCCGGCGUCAUUAUCCAAGGCAGUCUCGGUGAUGGCGCAGCUGUCGAGUUGUUAUCUGCGUUGCUUCAGGUUGCCUCGUUCAAGCCACUGAUCGUCAAUCGCCUUUUACAAAAUGUCAUUCAGCAUCCCCAGUUUUUCAAACUCUGCGCUGGCACCACGCGCACACAAAUUGUUCAUGCGCUACAUACCCUCUUCCAUCUCCACCCAAAUAAUACUUGUCAAGCAACGCAUAUCCAACCCCUUACGAGCAUUUAUCAAGGUACCUGUUCGGUAGCUGACCAACAACUCCUGGCCAUAUUCCAUCUUUUUGAGGCACAGCGGAAGAUCUCGGUGUCUCCGUUGUUUUCACAGUGGUCCGCAUCUGAGGGCUCCACUUGCUCAACUGCGCUAGAAGCCAUCCAAACGCUUGAUGCCACAUUGGUUUUCCGAACAUGCUCACAUUUCCCGACAUGGCGGACGCUUGAUGCAACCCCAGGAGACAUCUCAGAACGGUCGUCAGAUGCUUCAGUCUAUGAUCCGGUGUUCUUGGUGCUGCUUUUUGCACAAGCAAUGGCGGAAAAAGUACCCGAGAGCGCUUUCGGCUGGAUUGAGAUGUUUCGAACUAAUAUCGUCGGUCUGCUGAUCCGGGCGUUAUCGGGUCAAGAUUCCCGACUACGAGAAUUUUCACGACUCCAACUGGCUGGUCUCUGGGCCCAUCUAGAGUUCGCAGAUAUGCAGGAACAGCCACAUGUUGUUUAUGUAAUGAAUGUUCUCCGUAACAUGCUUCCCUCAUCGCCCUCAGAACCACUUCGGAGACUUCCGUCCUAUACGACACUCAUACUCGCCCAUGCCGUUCGCGGAAUCUUCUACCCAUCUAACUUCAUUUAUCCACUAACGGCACGGUUCUUACUGCAACGGCCUACACUCGACACCACUGAUGUUCCCUUGCUCUAUGGGAUGCUCUACAACAGUGGCGACGACUGGAAGAAGGAGCGAAGUUGGAUGAUUCGAUUCAUUUCCGAUGGUAUGAUGAGCACGGACGACUGGCGCGUGUUGAAACGGCGACACACAUGGGAACUACUGGCCGAUCUUUUCCAAAGCUCGGAGCAAGACAAUGUCUUACGAAAUAGUAUCCUCGAGGUCCUCGCUAAUCUGACAUGCAACGCGCAAGCAACGACGUCACUCAUUCUCAAAUCAUCCCUCUUACAAUGGAUCGAGAUGCAGCUCUCUGUCUCCGGCAGCGAGGCAGUCUCCUGGCUCAGCGUUUUGGACAAUAUUCUGGUAAUUGUGGAUGCACAAAAGCUUGAAUCCUCCACUGGAGGCGAAUGGCGAGCGACUAUUUGUCGAUGUCUUCUGUUGGCAGUCCAAGCUGCAUCGCAGUCGUCAAAACUGGCAGAUUCCGUCACACUCGCUGCCUCGGCUACAUUGCGCCUAGCAGCCUUGUCUGGCCCAGUACCGUUUGCACUCGAUGAUCUCAUUUCAGCUUGUUUGGAAGGAGUCGAGGCACUGGAAACACAAGUGGACUUUAACAGUCUACCUUCAGUAGCAUUAUCCAACAACGAGCUGCUACCGCCUCAUCGCGGAGCAGAUCUGACUAACUUGGAUGAGAGGGAUCCUUGUCUUAGAUGGGGCAACGCUGUUGAGGUUUUGUGGCAAUGCACAAUGCGAUUGUCGGAGAAGACAGAACUGUGGGAUAGGCUUAUGUAUCGACUGCUGGUGUGGCGGGCAGUCGUUGGCAGUGAUCGGAGCCCAAACGGGGAAUGGGCGCGGCGGAUGUCGAUAAGGCUGUGUAGCACGUGA